AGGAAUCUAGUAUAUAUUUGGGAUGCUUUCAAUCCCAGUCCCCACCACCAUCAACACACACUUAAUCCAAGCACCUGAGAAGACCAAUAAGUGAAUAUGAAUUCCACUGCUCCAAACUCAGGCAUGGAUCGGAUGGAAGGGUUUGCGAAAGCAUUUGGUGCGGUUUCAGAUGUUGCUUCUACUGCCUGGGCCUAUGCAAAGCAGCUUUCGAACUCACCAGUUCUUCAACCAAAACUCAACAUCUUAGGAGUCCAGACUUCCCAAACCACAGAUCUUCAAGGAUCUUCCUUGACGCCAUUAGAAGAUAGCCUCAACGGGAUGUUUACUGGCAUGAUCAGGAGUGGUGAAAUGAUUGUGGAAAUGUGGAUGAAAUAUGAUGGCAAAGAUGUUGAGGUCUUUCAACACUUCACCCUUAUUGCUUCAGAACUCAUUUCCAAGGCAUCUUUGGGAAGCAACUGCUUGGAAGCCAAGAACAUAUUUCCUGGCACUGGUGGGAUUGUGAAAAAGAAUGGUGACAUGGAUUCCGAGAAACUGUUAGUGGCCAAUCAAGAAAGCAAAAAUAGCAGCAAGAUUUCGAUUGAAGAGGUUGCGGAUGAGUGCAAGGCGUUCUGUUACGUGGGGCGUGUUGCGACAACAUCUCUCCUGGGAUGGGCAGUCCAUAAGCUAUCUAGAGACAAGAAUUUGCAGGAAAGAGCAAGGAAAGAAGUGAUUCAAAUGUUUGGCAGCGAAAACCCCAAUCCAGAUGGCAUUGCAAGACUGAAAAUUGUGGAUGAGAUUGUUGAAGAUUGUCAGAGGCAAUACCCUCUACUGCCCUUCAUCAAAAUCAAGGGAAUUGUGGAAGAAGAAUCUAAAGCCUUUAAGUCUUCCUGUUACGAUGCUGGAACACGUCUGGGGUUAAAUUUCGCCAAGAUUGAAGCCAAAGUUGUUCUUUCCAUAAUCCUAAGGCGCUUCGCCUUCACACUAUCCCCAACUUACAUCCACUCCCCGGUUCAUGGCUUCACAGUCACUCCAAAACAUGGAAUUCGAGUCAUUCUCCACAAGCUGGGAGAGGAAGGCAGUCAAAUUACUAGGAUUGUUAAAACCGUUGGUGUUAUAGCCGCUAUGGGCGUUGCAGCUUGGGGUGCUUACAAGGUGGUUGGUAGUUUUGGAGUAGGAGAAGAACCGGACCAAAGAAAGAAGAAGAUGAUGAAAAAUCCUGGAAGGCCUUGGGAGCUCAUUGAUGCGAAUCAGUUUAGAAACGAUCCAGUAGCUCGCAAAGCUAAAUUUGAUAGAACUCAUAAACUCAGGAAAGCUGGGAAAUUCGCAAAUGGUAUGCUUUGAAUCAAUCAAAGUAUUUAAUUUAUUUUGGGUUUCUAUACUUGUAAGGUGUUUAUUUUAAGCUUCUUGGACAUUGUUGUUAGAAUUAUGUAUUUUGGACUUUGUGGGUUUGUGAUCAUGUUUGUUUGUUGUAUUGGAGUUCAGAGUAUUGACAUGGUUAUGUAAUAUGUUUUUAUUAUUGUAGCAUU